AUGGAGGAAAAGAAUCAACCCCAGAAUUCCUGUCCUGGUGAUCGACCUCCUGGUUUUGUAGAUGCUGUUCUCAAACCAAGUACUAGUUUACCGGAGGGUGUACAUAUCCAGGUGAAAGGCUAUGAUUUCAAUUCUGGUCUGGACUACGACGCUUUGUUUUCAUCUUUUGAAUGUAUCGGUUUUCAGGCAACCCACUUCUCAAAGGCUGAACACGUUUUAAAUGAAAUGAUUAACAAGCGAAAUUGUAAACCUACUUCAAAUGAGGAAAUUGAAUUAGCACAAACCUUACAAGAAUUUCACCCUUUGAAUCGACCAUUGUUUGGUUGUACUAUAUUCCUGGCAUAUACAUCAAAUAUGGUUAGCUCUGGUGUUCGAGAGGUUAUACGCUUUCUAGCUGAACAUAAUAUGGUUGAUGUGAUAGUGACAUCUGCUGGGGGUAUAGAAGAAGACUUUAUCAAGUGUUUAGCCCCUUCAUAUAUUGGAGACUUUGAAAAAUGGCGUGGCCAUGAAUUAAGGGAUAUUGGUGUAAAUCGUAUCGGUAAUCUGCUUGUACCAAAUAACAAUUAUGUUGAAUUUGAACAAUGGCUUCUUCCCAUUUUGGACCAAGUGUUGGAUGAACAAAAAUCUCAGAAUAUAAACUGGACACCAUCUAAACUAAUCAAUCGUCUUGGUAAAGAAAUUAAUAACAAAGAUUCAGUAUAUUAUUGGUGCUAUAAAAAUAAAAUUCCGGUAUUCUGUCCAGGUUUAACAGAUGGUUCUUUGGGUGAUGUCUUAUUCAGCCAUACUUAUCGAUCCCCUGGUCUGAAGAUUGACUUAGUUGAAGAUAUUCGAAAUAUAAAUUUAUUGGCAAUCAAUGCACGAUCUACCGGAAUGAUAGUGCUUGGUGGAGGCCUUAUAAAACAUCAUACAUUCAAUGCUAACUUAAUGAGAAAUGGAGCUGAUUAUUGUGUUCUUAUCAAUACAGGACAAGAAUUUGACGGGAGCGACUCUGGCGCUAGACCAGAUGAAGCUGUGAGUUGGGGUAAAAUUAAAGGAGCUGCUGAACCAGUUAAGAUUAAUGCUGAUGCAUCUUUAAUAUUUCCUAUAUUAGUUGCACGAACGUUUGUUAAACAAAUAAACUCAUGA